AAAAAAAGACCAAAAAAAAAGUCAACAACAAAAAAAAAGGUAAAAAAAAAAAGACCAUUUCAAACUAUCGAUCCAAAGACUAGCGUUUGCUCCUUGUCCGUAUCUUUCUCCCCCGCAGAUGGAGGAUGACGGCCUGCAUGGCAACGAUGACACCCGGUGCUUCAUCCUGUCCACGUUAGCAGGUCAGAGGUCAUCCAGAACGGCCUGCGUGUUGUGCCAUCAGUCGUUGCUGGUGUUCGACCGCUACCCGCUGUUGGAUGGCACUUUCUUCCUCACGCCCAUCCAGCAUGCCAAAUCGGCCGUACCCGUCCGGGUGGAGGGGCGGCAGCAGUACCUGGCGGCGGUGUGCAUGGGCUGCCUCGAGGGCUGGUCCGUGUCCCUCCGCUGCGCCUUCUGCAACGCCAGAUGGAACGGCUCGGCGCUCAUCCUGGGCACCAUGUACUCCUUCGAUAUCUUCGCCGCGAUGCCCUGCUGUGAGAAUAGGUUAAAGUGCAGUCGUUGCGAAGCCAUCGUCAUCCCUCCCGACCAGAGACUGAGUUUUUUCAGUGACUACAGCCGGACCCACGCCUGCCCCUCCUGCGGCCACGUCGACCACCACUUCGUGAAGCCCCUGACGUCCUUCGUGAGGGACGACAGGCAGGCGUGGUAGUGGCUGGCGUCCUCGGCCUUCCCACCACACCCUCCCCUCCCCCGCCCAGCGCUUCAGGCCCGGUGGGACCAGCCUUGGCCGGGGUUAAUGCGCCCAUUACACUCACGUAACACAUACAUCCCUUUGUUUGGCGUUGUCACCUUCAGAAAAGAGUGUGUAUAGUGAACUUACUUUGUCUCUUGGAAUUGAAAGCAAGGACAGGACCGAAAAAAUAAGCAAAGUGAAAACGGACCGGGAAGGAAAAGGGAAGUGGAAGAUAAAUAGAGCAUGCGAAGGAGAGAGAGAGAGAGAGAGAGAGAGAAAAUUAGCGGAAAAAAAAUUAAGAGGAAUGUUAUAUUUUUUAAAAAAAGUAAUUAAUUGAAAUAACGAGAAAGGAAACCGUUAAGACAUGGGCUGACUGGAAAGGGUGUGAGUGUAGUCAGUCAUUUUUCUCCCCUCCCCCCCCACCCAGCCAAAACCAAUCCACACACACACGUACAUUGGUUCUUUGCUGUGUUGAGGAAAGGAAACCGUGUGUGUGUAUUUUUUCAAGAGAAGGAAGAGGACAGAUUUGAUUGUGUUUGUCGGCAUUUGAAGAUCUAUGCAGAGAAGAGAACAGCAAAGAAGAAUAAGAACAAGAACAAGAAGCUGGGUUGGAUAGUUUUUUUGUUUUUUUUUCCUCUUAAAACAUUCCAGAUGAUGGAUGUGUGAAGACCCUUUCUGUCUGUUACACGAGAGGAAGCAGAGGAUGGCAUUCAUGUGGUCGGUGAGGAAGAAGGAAGAUGGAGGGCGGAAGGAGGCGAAGGAGGAGAAGGAGAAGGAGAAGAAAGAAGAGGAAGAGAGAGAGAGAAGUCUCGAGGGAAAAUUUUUUUUUUUAAAAAGUGUGUCUGGGAAGUGUGAAGUCUCUCUCUCAGGAGGCUUUCAUUACGCUGAAAAAAAAUCCAAAGGACCGUGUUAUUAAAGUCUUUUUUUACGGAAAAUAAAAGACUUGAGAAAGACAAUGAGGUGUUGGCGAACGCAGCGGCACUUCUUCAGGUGUUGCUUGUAUGGACGACUUGAUACUGCCGAAGAAGGGAGAAGGAGAGAGAUAGAGAGAAAAGAAAAAAGAAAAGAAAAGGUGUAGAUAAAAACAUUUUAUCUCCUGACGUGUCUUGUGUUUGGAACUAAUGAUACUUUUGAAGUGUUGUUUGUUUUUAUACAGAAAAAAGGAAGAAAUCUUUAAAGAAAACUGAAAAAGUCUGCUGCACAACACCAUGGUUCGAUACCCUACCUGCCAAGGAGAGUGACCUGGGAUCAAAUUCUAGGCCUGUUUCUAGUGUGAUUGGCUCGGAGCGAGAUAGAUGUAAAAAAAUGUACUUAUGUGGACAAUUGGUGUGUUUUUAUACGAGUACAUAUUUUUUUUUUCUUAAAGAAGCCCAGAUUUUAAGGUGUCUGCCGGGGAAAAAUUAAAAAGUAGACAGACUCAAACAAAAAAAAACUACAAAAAAAUACAAAAAAAAAAUUACAGGAACCCAUAUGGAACCGGGGAUACUUUGUCUUUGUAAUGUUUAAUAAGUCCACCAGAAAGACGUGGACGGAUGUAAAUAAUGAUAGAGAAUAGUCGUAUGCUAAUUGUGUGAUCUCCUGUGCUGUAUACAACUUUAUUCCAUAAGUACGAUUUUAAUGUUUCAUCGUAGAGAUAGUCCAUAAAAAAUCCUUGCUGAUAUAGCGCCCGAGACAAACAAACAAACAAAAAAGAUGAACUUACAACCCCGUUUUUUGAAAUUUGUAACGUGGAAAGAAGAAAAAAAGAUAAGCAAAAACAGACAAACAUAUUUGGAAGAUGAUUUAAACAACAACAAUGAUGAUGAUAGUGUGGAUGAAAAAAAAAUAGAAGAAAAAUGGAGGUGAGAUGAAAGGACGAUGGAGAAUAAAUAGAAGAAAGUGUGAAGAAAAAUCGAAGGAAUUAGUGUAAACAUCGACGAAUGGAGGAAGAGGAGGUCGUAGUGAUGAUGCGAGGAAGUGAAGGAGACCAAAGUGAUGCGAGGAAGUGGAGGAGGAGGUGACGAACCGAGGAAGUGGAAGAGAAAUCGGUAAGGAGAGGAAGAGGAGGUCGUGGCGAUGAACGAGGACGUGGAGGAAAAUGCGAAGAAAGAAAAGAAGAGAAGAAAUGGGAAAUAAAAUAAAAAGAAGAGUUAAGCGUUCAGAAAAAAGAAAAAUAUAUAGAAUUGGCGAUUAAUUCCAUCUUGUAUCAUUGACCAAAAAAACAACAACAUAGAAAGGAGAACAACGAUGAAAGGGGAGCUAGAAGAGCGGAUGGUGAAGGAAGGGAGAAAGGAGUGAGAAGGAGAACCAAGAGAACGACAAGAAAUGAGAAACACCGAAGAACGUGGAAGAGGAAGGGAAGAAAAGGAGAAAGGAGAAGAACGCGAACGAGAAUAAGAAAUAGCAAGAGAUUGAAAAAAACAACGAGAAGAAAAAGGGGAGAAUAGAGGAAACGGAAACCAACACCCCCUUCCUCCCCCCACCCCCCUCCCGCCCCUCCAGAAAUGGGGGGGCGGGGCGGACCUCAGACCACGAAACCCGCUCGAAGCCAACGUCCAGACCGACAAAGGUGGAAAAGGGAGCAGAGAAAGUGGCGAAGAACGGAUGAGAGAGAAAAGCGAAGAUCAAGAACCGGAAGAGAAAGAGAGAAGAAAAGAAAAGGUGAAAGAGAAGAUCGAAAAGGAGUCGUGGGAGUGAAUCCAUCCGGUAAGAAAGAAAAGAGAGAAGUGAGAGCGAGAAGGAAAAGAAAACAGAAGAAAGAAGAAAUAAAACCAAGAAAGAACAGAAGAAGAAAGAAGACGGAAGAGAAGGACGAAGGAAGGAGGACCUGGUUUUCAUCACGACCAUCCCCCCUCCCUCAUCCCCACCCCCCCUACUCUCAACCUCCCUCGAGAAACAACCUUUCCUCAAUCAACCUCGUCGGGCGACAGUUGAAGGCAGAGAGAGUCUCCUCCUCCAAACGCGCGGGAAAGGAAGAGAGGAACCUAAAUGCCUGUAAGUUAGUUCAAUGUGCACUCUUUUCUUAAUUUUUUUGUGUAAGAGAGAAAAAAAAAGAAUUUUUAGCCCCCAGGUGGAAAUUGAAACAAUAGCAGCAUUAAAAAAAAAGAAAUAAGAGAUUUUUUUCCCACCCACCCACCCUUCAAAAAAAAAAAAUUAUGGAAUUAUAUAUAUACAAUUAUAUUAUUAAUGAUUACUGAUGCUUCCACUUUUCACGGUGGGUUUAUUGCUUAUGAUGUAGGGAUGAUCAUGGUUUCAAGAUGAUGAUGAGACAUAGGAAAACAACUUUUUAAAUCUCUCCGUAUUGAAUGUGUAAGGUACAUUUUAUAUAUGUAGCUUCAACUUGUACUGUGAGAGUGAUUCUGAUCUUUGCCGCUUUCCGUCUGCUGGCCAGUGUGACAUAGUAAGAAAAAUGUAACAAAAAAAAAAGCCAAAAGUGAAAAAAAGGAUCCAUUUUUUUUCAAAAUUUAAACGCUGCGAAAGAAACUAAAUGUUUAUCAAAUGAUACUUUUUUUUUUUUUUUUUUUUUUU